UCCGGAAAUUUCGAGAAGCUCAGCCAACAGAGCUCAUAAUCAGGCAGACCACCCGCAGGCAACGGCUGGCAACUUCCUCAUCCAACACACCCUGAAGCUCAUUCUACAGAGCGCAGUUUGACGUCCAGACACCAUGGCCGACGCUUUAAAAGCCGAGGGCAACAAGGCCUUCUCUGCAAAGGACUACCCUACUGCUAUUGAGAAAUUCACCCAGGCCAUUGAGCUGGAUCCGAGCAACCAUAUCCUCUAUUCGAACCGAUCGGCCGUCUAUGCUGCCCAAACCGAGUACCAGAAGGCGCUUGAUGAUGCCGACAAAGCCACCGAGCUGAAGCCCGACUGGUCCAAGGGUUGGUUGCGUAAAGGAGCAGCCAACCGUGGUUUGGGAGACCUACUUGCCGCACAUGAUGCCUACGAAGAAGCGCUCAAGCUCGAACCCACCAACGAGCAGGCCAAGAGUGGAAUGAAUGCCGUCAAGCGGGCCAUUAACGCAGAGGCCCAGGCUGACGGAGUCACGGGCGAUCCGAUGGGCGGUCUGGGUGGCGUCUUCAAUGACCCGAACAUGUUCGCGAAGCUGGCUAGCAACCCGCAGACCGCCGGGCUACUUGCGGACCGCCAGUUCAUGGAGAAGCUGCAGCGGCUCAAGGACAAUCCGAACAGCUUGGGUGAAGAGCUCCGUGACCCACGCUUCCUGCAGGUUAUGAGUGUUCUCCUGGGUAUUGACAUGAGCUUCGGCGCACCUCCGGAGGGCGCCGCGGGAGCUUCUGGUGCUGCCGAGCCGGAAGAGGACAUCCCCAUGCCGGAUGUUCGCCCGGCUGAGACUAAGAAGGCGCCAGAGCCUGUACCUGAGCCUGAGCCUGUAGAUGAGGAGACUGUCAACAAGAAGCAGGCCCAGGAAGCUGGUGACGCCGAGAAGAAGCUCGGAAACGAUUUCUACAAGAAGAAGCAGUUCGACGAGGCUAUCGCGCACUACGAGAAGGCUUGGGAGCUGAACAAGGACAUCACCUAUCUGAACAACAUUGGUGCUGCCAAAUUCGAAAAGGGUGACUACCAGGGGACCGUGGAGACCUGCCAGAAGGCUGUGGAGGAGGGUCGUGACUUGCGUGCUGACUUCAAGAUUAUUGCCAAGUCUUUUGCACGUAUCGGAACUGCGUAUGAGAAGAUGGGUGACCUGGGCCAAGCGAUCGAGUUCUACCACAAGUCGCUGACAGAGCACCGGACACCCGAUGCGCUGACAAAGCUCCGGAAUGCCGAGAAGGCCAAGACUAAGGCGGAGCGCGAUGCGUACAUCGACAGUGCGGAGGCGGAGAAGGCCCGCGAGCUAGGCCAGAAGAAGUUCCAGGACGGUGACUUUGCCGGAGCGGUGGAAGCCUUCACAGAGAUGACGAAGCGGGCGCCGGACGACGUCCGCGGCUUCUCGAACCGCGCGGCGGCGCUGAUCAAGCUCAUGGCCUUCCCCCAGGCGGUGCAGGACUGCGACGAGGCGCUCAAGCGCGACCCGAACUUCAUGCGGGCGUACAUGCGCAAGACGCAGGCGCUUGUGGCGAUGAAGGAGUACAACAAGGCCCUUGAUGUACUGACCGAGGCGGGCGAGCACGACCCCGAGGGCAAGCACGCCCGUGAGAUCGAGGAGCAGCAGCAAAAGUGUCUGGAGGCUCAGUUCAGCGCUCGUGCGGGUGAGACGGAGCAACAGACGAUGGACCGCAUCCAGAACGACCCGGAGAUCAUGUCCAUCCUCCAAGACCCCGUGAUGCAGAGCAUCCUGCAACAGGCCAAGAGCGACCCUGCAGCCCUGCAGGAGCACACGAAGAACCCGCAGCGAAGCGUGUUAAUGACUUCUGCAUAACAUUGAUAGCAAUGAGAUUGUAUCAUCUACCACUGUAACUAGUCUGUCUUUGCUAGUUAGAACUCAUUACUCUCAACCUAUCCUUUAACUUAGUUACUAUCCAUCAUGUUUAGGCUUAUAGGCUGGGAGCCUUAGGCAUACAGAAUCACCUGACCAUCACGAGGCACGGGAGCUUCACGUGUGC